AUGCCUUUCUGCGCCCCCUGGAGGAAGCCACAGGCCGAAUCCAGUACCCUCUCCGAGAUUUAUAAGGGACGACACCAUCGUAGAGGCGUGGUAGCGGUGAAGAUCGCCAACAUCAGCCGAGAUGAAGAGUCAGUCUGCAGGGAGCUGAAGUUUCUCCAGCAGUUCGGAGGCCACAAGAACAUCGCCUCUUACUAUGGAGCUUACUACAGGGCUCCACUCACGGAGUGCUCAUCGGAGCUCUUGGAAGUAAGAAAUGAUUUACUGUAUCGUGUUCAUUCCUCUCAAUCUCCACUGGAAGUGAUAGAAUGCAUGACCUUAAAUAAUUUCUAUAUAUUGCAGAUUGUUCUUGAAUACUGUGGUGGAGGCUCUCUCAACAACCUCAUCAGCAAGACCAAUGGCCAAUCCCUGAAGGAGACCUGGAUGGCUAUGUCUGGGCUGCACCACAUCCACAAGAACCGGGCCGUUCAUAGAGACAUCAAGAGCCUGAACAUCAUGCUCACAGAGACGGCCGAAGUCAAGAUCAGUGAGUAA